AUGUUUAAAAAGAACGAAUCUCCGUUGCGCCAGGCCAUCAGUCAUUUUGCUCCUUUUAUCCUGCAAACCCUUGUGGGAUUGGCUCUGGUGGUAGUUCAUAAUGAUGCCCUUCAUAGGAGAACAGCUGCCGGUGCUCACCUGUUUUCUCGCCCAACCAGCGACUGGGAGAAAUUCUUCAAUUUAGCAAACAAACUUAAGCCGUUAUUAGAAAUGACAGGGGAACCUGAUGAAAUUGUACUUUCAAUUGGAAAACAAAAUUGCAAUCAGGCCGACAUGAUUUCCUCGUGGCCGGACCACGCUAAUGCCGAGCGGCGAAACACGGGCAAAUGUAUUUAA